CCCCACAAAUAAAAGGACCAGGGAGGAUCAGAGGCCAGAAGAUCCUAAGGCGCGCACUCCACAGUCCACACUGCCUUCCACCACCGCUCAGACCCACUCAGAUCCACACCAUGUCGUGCCGCUCCUACAGGAUCAGUUCAGGAUGUGCAGUUACCAGAAACUUCAGCUCCUGCUCAGCCGUGGCCCCUAAAACCGGCAACCGCUGCUGCAUCACGGCCGCCCCCUACCGCGGCGUCUCUUGCUACAGGGGCCUGACCGGUGGCUUCGGCAGCCGCAGCCUCUGCAACGUGGGUUCUUGUGGGCCCCGCAUGGCUGUUGGCGGCUUCCGUUCUGGCUCCUGCGGACGCAGUUUCGGCUACCGCUCUGGAGGCGUGUGCGGGCCCAGUGGCCCCUGCAUCACCACCGUGUCUGUCAACGAGAGUCUGCUUACACCCCUCAACCUGGAGAUCGACCCCAACGCACAGUGCGUGAAGCAUGAGGAGAAGGAGCAGAUCAAGUCUCUCAACAGCAAGUUUGCUGCCUUCAUUGACAAGGUGCGCUUCCUGGAGCAGCAGAACAAACUGCUGGAGACCAAAUGGCAGUUCUACCAGAACCAACGAUGCUGCGAGAGCAACAUGGAGCCCCUGUUCAAUGGCUACAUUGAGACACUGAGGCGGGAGGCUGAGUGUGUGGAGGCAGACAGUGGAAGGCUGGCUUCAGAGCUCAACCAUGUGCAGGAGGUGCUGGAGGGCUACAAGAAGAAGUAUGAAGAGGAGGUAGCCCUGAGAGCCACAGCAGAGAAUGAGUUUGUGGUUCUGAAGAAGGAUGUGGACUGUGCCUACCUGAGAAAGUCAGACCUGGAGGCCAACGUGGAGGCCCUGGUAGAGGAGACCAGCUUCCUGAGGAGACUCUAUGAUGAGGAGAUCCGCGUCCUUCAUUCCCACAUCUCAGAUACCUCAGUCAUCGUCAAGAUGGACAACAGCCGGGACCUGAACAUGGACUGCAUCGUAGCUGAAAUCAAGGCUCAGUAUGAUGACAUCGCUAGUCGCAGCCGGGCUGAGGCUGAGUCCUGGUACCGCACCAAGUGCGAAGAGAUGAAGGCUACAGUGAUCCGGCAUGGGGAGACCCUGCGCCGCACCAAGGAGGAGAUCAAUGAGCUCAACCGCAUGGUCCAGAGGCUAACGGCAGAGAUUGAGAACGCCAAGUGCCAGCGUGCCAAACUGGAGGCUGCAGUGGCCGAGGCAGAGCAGCAGGGUGAAGCAGCCCUCAGUGACGCCAAGUGCAAGCUGGCUGAGCUAGAGGGUGCCCUGCAGAAGGCCAAGCAGGACAUGGCCUGCCUGCUCAAGGAAUACCAGGAGGUGAUGAACUCCAAGCUGGGCCUGGACAUUGAGAUCGCCACCUACCGGCGCCUGCUGGAGGGCGAGGAGCACAGGCUAUGCGAAGGUGUAGGCUCGGUGAAUGUCUGUGUCAGCAGUUCCCGGGGCGGAGUCUCCUGCGGAGGCCUGUCAUAUAGCACCACCCCCGGCCGCCAGAUCGCCUCAGGCCCUAUGGCUACUGGGGGCUGCAUCACAGUGAUGGCCCCGGACUCCUGUGCUCCCUGCCAGCCCCGCGCCUCCAGCUUCAGCUGCGGGAGCAGCCGGUCGGUCCGCUUUGCAUAGAGUCCGGGCCUCUGACAAGUGCCGCCUUGCCUGCUCCGCCCUGGCACUGAAUGGUGUGUGACUGGAAAAUGCGUGCUUGCUUCCAGAAUCUCCCAGAUGUUCCAAAAGAGAGAAGGACC